GGGGAGGUAAGAAGGUGGAUGGGGAGGGCUGACCGCUGAGGUGGAGAGAGAGGUAGAGAAAAACAAUUGCUUUUUUUGGGGGGGGGGAGAAGUAAGCAGUUCUCUCACACCGAGCACCAGGAGUGAGGGGGAAAGCAGGAAAGGGGGCAGGACUCGGAGAGGAAGGCAGCCACUCGGCAGGCGAUGUAGUCAUCGACCAGGCAGCCAAUCGCAGGCCGAAACACAGUCCCCGAGCUGCUGGGAAUCUCUUAUUAAUGAAUGAAGCAGGAGUAGGAGCAGGCUGUGCUCUCCUUCCCAUCUGAGGAGAUCUAAACAAGCUACUCACCAGCUCCGCUCAGUCUCUGGCCAUGAAGGGACACUGCCAAGAAAUGGAGAGCCAAGGACCCAAACCAAGAGCCUCUGCCACGCGCCGCUCCAUCUCCCUGGGGGACUUCAAGCGUGUGGCUACCCUGCCAAAGUCCGAGCCCCCCCCAGCGGCCGUCACCGCCCCGUCCUCCAAGCUGGUGACUCCCAGCUGCAGCAUGGAGUUUGAGGCGGCCCGCCGGAGGCUUCUGGAGGUGGAGGAGCGUCAGCGGGUCAUCCUGGAGAUGGAGAGCAGGCUGCAGGAGCUCCAUGACAUCUUCGUGCAGUCCGAACAGGAGGUGGUGGAACACGGGGAGCUGGUGGCCCGCAUUUCCGGCGCCGCCCAGCAGGGGGAGCUCUUUGCCGCAGAGAACUGCCGCAGCCUGAAGAAGAAGACCCUCAAGUUCAAGAAGCACCGACCUACCAUCGUCUUUGCCUCCAUGUUAGGUCUCAGGACCUGUCUACCUUUGCCAGUAAAGUUCAAGUAGGCCCUGUUGCCAUGGUGACCUCCACUAGAACUGUGCCUGGAUUGCCUUUAGCUCUUUGAACUCUCUUCACCCAUAAAACUGGGUUUGCUUUCUUUCUAAAUGCCAGUAAAUAUUUGCCCCGCAGUCAAAGUCCAAUAAAUCCUUUUUUUUCUCUCUCAACCCUUCAGACCAAAACUUUUGAGACUCCUCUCGGCGGAUGAGAAAAAGUAUCCUUUUUUGUCAUUUUUUUUUUAACAUCCCUGUUUUUCAGUUACAACAGGCAAGGACAUGUCAGAGCCUGCUGCUGUUUUCCUGGAGACUUUGGCUCCAGGGAUACGUGCAACGCUCAGCUGUAAGGUAACGGUCUUCAGUUCUAGUUUGCAGGUUAUGUAAAAAAUUGGUGUUGCAUAACCAUGAGAGGUCAGUCACUGCUGAGCUAAAGGGUUUGAAUUCCCAAACCUGCUAAUGACACUAGAAGGGCUACGCUGUAGUCUUAUGUAACAGCACCAGAGAGUGAGAGCAUCUGAGCUGUUAAUUCCCUUAGACAGAUGUGUAUUACAACAUCCCUGUGUUUGUAAUGGGGAGGGGAGGGGGGUUUGAUACACUUACAGUACCUGUCAGUGUGAGUCUUGUGUGGGAAUUGGCUUUAAGCUGGAUCCUAGCUCUGCCCUUUCUCUGCAAGCAGGCUCAGAUUUUGCUAUCCAGACAUUGUGGAGAGGGGAAUAGGACUGUCAAUGGAGAUCAAGCAAUCCACUUUGUAUCUCUCCGUCAUGAUCUUGAAAGGCACUGCUGCAAUCUUUCCACAAACAGGCUUAUCAACACACCUUCAGAAAGAGACCCUCAGUUAUAUCUAAAGGUGGUGUACUGUAUAUCUUCACUGAGCAGAUUGCGUACAUUAGAUUGACUAAAGAUUUUGACCAAUUUAAUCUGCUAUUACAUCUAACAGAAUGUUGUUUGUUUCCAGCUUUUGUCAAACUAUCAAGCUGGCUCUGUCUCCUAACUGAUAUUUCUGGAAAACGCUGCUAGACAGGACUAAAUAUUUUUUUCUUGCAAGUUUCUGUACUGUUCUCAGGAGGUAAAUUGUACCGGAUCUCAGUAGAUCCUAGAUAACAAUAUCUAUUCGUCGUAGCUUUUGAGAACAUUCCAAUUUGCAGAUCAAAUUUACUGGAGAAAAAAGUGAAAAUGCAUGCUACUUAUGUAUACCAAUGCAAAACUACUAUAAAAAUCAAUUUCCAAAUAGAAUUAUUUGAACUUGACUUGGGGUGUGCAGGUCCUUAUACGACCACAAAACUAGCAGUUAUGGUCUUGUCUGGCUAAAUCGUAAAAACACAGCUUCAUGUAUCUUCCACAAAAGAUGUGAGAAUAAAGAUUUUCUACAGAAAUUAAGGUAUUAAAUAAUAUGGGUAGGCAGUAAGGUAGUGAGAUGUGUUGCAUCCAGUUUUAUAGCUUUUAAAGCAAAGCACUGGUUAUCCAGGUUCCUCUGUAUUGUUAUUAUUCUCAAAUUCACUUAAAUACUAUACACCAGGGAAAGUCAAAUACUGAAACUUUCAAUCCAUUACUGUACAGAAUCCGUGUACAAGAAGCUUUUUAAUUAUUUACUAUAACAGUACAUUAGACCAGGGGUCCCCACUCUGGUUCCUCAGGGACUGCUGUCCAGCAGGUGUUAUAGGUCUCUUUUAAUCUCCAUCUUCUUAAGACAAGUAAAGGCUUCCUUGUCCAGUUAAGCAAACAAUGAGUUCAAUUUGGUAAUUGAGAGCUUCAUGCGGAAUUCAUGUGGAAAUUUAAUGUUGAAAGAAAAUUCAGGAGUGGAGCUGUGCAUCCCUGCAUUAAACUAAUGUAUAUGAUGAAACAGCUGAUUCCAGAAACUCACACUGGAGUAGACUGGAAGUUUCAUUAUUUGAUUUUUCCUACACUACACCUAUAAUGCUGUACAGAUUCUAAGUAAUGGGUUAAUGUGUGGGGUUUUAUGUUAUAUUUUUAUGAUACAGUACAUAGAUGAGAAAAAUAGCGUUUUUUUUUUAAUCCCGGUUGCUCAUUGUAAGAAAAGCUACCACUUGUCCUUGAAAAUGUUCUUUAAAACUGGGUUACUUGCAGGUUUAUUUUUUCAGAAUAAGGUCGUUACUGCUUUUCUCAGAGGUAUGCAGCAGCCAGCAUGCGGUCCCAAAAUACAAUGUCCUCAUUUCUGGUUCUACCUCCUGCCUUUGGGAGAAAUCUUGUGAUCAUUUGUCCUAAUUCUUUAGCAGUUCUUCAGAGUUUAGUAUCAGCACUUAGUGACAGAGAGUAAAUAAGUGUUGCGAUAAAGACUUGCAAAGCAGACCUCUAAGGGCGGCUCAGAAUUCACAGCGGACGUCUUAACACAUAACGGGUAAUGUGUGCUGAAGAAAGAGGAGUAUAGAAAAAAUCUUAUGCAAAAGGGAAAAACUGGCCUGAAUGUAAGCAUGAUGCACUUCAUGAAGUCUCACAAAAGCUAUUUUCCACCCAUAUUCUAAAGUAUUUAUUUGCAAAGUCUGCAUGUUCUCAUGUGUGCAAGGGUUUUCACUUGUUUCUCUAGUUUUCUCCCUCUAUCUGAAGACAGACUGGUUAGGUUUGAGUAACUACUCAAAAUUGUUUGUUUCUCUGUGACCCUGAAAUGGACUGGCAUUCUAGAAAGAAAACCCCACCUUAAAUGGUAUUCUUCUGGGAAAGGAUCCAUGUAGCCAUGUUGCAGGCAGCCUCCACUGGAUCAGUGGAGUAAAAGAGUAAAAGAUGGAUGCAGAAAGGUGGACUGUAGAAAUACAGUGGAUUGCUUUAUAGAAUGAUUCUAUGCCACUGAAUGAAAAAUGUGGUGAAGAGAACAUAUUGCUUAAAGAAAGUAGAAUUUUCCAUUCGUCAUAACUUUAAAAGGAUUUUUUAUUAUGGAGUGACACAUAAAGGGGUAUAGUUAAAACCAUGAGAGUUUUUGUUUAGCUUUUUAUUGGUUUUAUAGCUAAUGCACAACAGAGGGCUCAUAAGCAUCCAUUUCUCAAAGUUAACAUAGCUAGUUUUGUUUCACUUGGCCAGUUAGAGCGAAUGAUUUCUUUUUCUAAGUGCCAGAAAUUGAGGAACCGAACAGAAACGAGAUCAUACAGUACUUCCUCUGCUUUCUUGCAAAAGACCCCAGAGAAUGGGGCUCCUCCAUUACUGCUUGAGUGAAUUGAUUCUCUUUCUAUAAUGGGGAGGAGCAACAUUUAGCCACCAAAGCCAGGCAACAUUUGCUUUUUCAACUAUGCAUUUCUUUGUUGAAACCAGUAAAACAAGAAGACACCCCAUUACUCUCAGGAUUCAAAUCAAUUUAUAACAGCUUUAUGCAUAUGCAUUUUGGGCUCUAGCCAGCAGAUAAAUGCAUAAAUGCUAAUGUAACAGACUGCUAAAAGGGCUGGAGUAUGGCUUUGAUAUGUAGUUGUGCCACUAAUUCUGCACCGGUUCUUUUGCUUUGUGAAAUUCUUAAAUGUAGCAAUUACCAACACCAGUCAUGCUUCCUCCGUGACUCCCAAGAGACGUAAAAUCGUUGGAGAGGUGCUAUCAAACAUUUUCCUCAGUCAAGCACUUGUGUGGGAUGGACACAGUACUGCAUGUAGGCUGGAGUGCUGCUUCAGUGAGUCACUGACACCAGCACGUUGCACGCAAGGGGACACAGUGGAGGUGUACCUAAAGAGCUUCCUAUUCGAUCACGUUAUUGACUCUUAGCGCUGAGGAGGGCGGAGGAAGAUCAAAUCAAUUGGAACGUGCAUCUUUGUACCACUGUGCUUUGCAGAUCUGCCUCAUCAUACCUGUGUUCUUAUUCGCCACUGCUUUCUGCAGCACUCACUACCAAAUCCCUUAGCCCCAAGCAGCAAAUGUUCAUAUCAUUACUACAAUCUAUCCAAUGCAACUUACCUCAUUCCGCUACUCCAAAUUCUCACAGUAGAAUAACGUACAAUGCAGAGAAAGAACUCUUGCUGUAUAUUUAGGUAUUCUAAUAUUUGUGAAUGCAGACUCAAACAGGGGAAAUACACUAACAUGCUCUUCAGCUGACAUGCCUGUUUGUUCAGAACUAAAAUGCCUCUCACAGCCUUCUAGUUGUAGUUAAAGAAAUCAGACUUGGAGAGAUGGCUUUUUCUUCUUUUUUACUAGGUGUGAGUGGAGUUGGGAGACACCCCCACACUCCCUCAGACUAUCCUCUUGGCUGCCGAUUCAAUUUGUUCAGGAAAACGCAUAGUCCGACCAUCUUGUGAGAAAAGAAUCCUACAUUUUGACCUGCAUAUGAGAAAGCAGUACCUAACAGCAUAACCAACCACUGCAGCUAAAGAAUUCUGCCACUGCAGAAUUUUAUAUCAGUGAAACUUUGCCAAUAUUUUGAAACGGAAAAGUCAAAUAGCAUAUUCUUUUUCUGGACCUACCAUACACUCAGCUAAGACACUUGCUAUGCCAAAGUUGGCUCUACAGCUGCCUUGCUAUAGAGUUGGAGACAUGAUGCAUUAACGGAUGGUGUAACAAUGAAGUCAUAACUGAAGCAAUUUUAGUUAUUUCCAAAUAGCACUCUGCUCUGUGCUCUGAUUCUUUAAGCACUCCAAUCACCUGGAACAGAAUGCUGGAUGUUUCUCAACAGGCAGUCCACAACAAUCCCACUUUUCCUGUGCGAGCUCCUGUGAUAGAGGAUGUGAGGAAAGUUAUGGCAUGUGGGACUGAACAAGACUGAAAUCUGUGGAAUGACCCCACUGACAUUAUAAGCACCUUUUACACUUAUUGUUCUUCAGCAUUAAAGACUGUAUACUGUAUAUUAUAGCAACAAGUCUUCAAAGGGCACUGAAACUCUCUCUGGGCAAGGUUGGCAUUGCAAAAUGAAAUACGCAUUCAGCAACAAAUUUUUAAAAAGCUAUUGUUUCAUAGAGCACCAGUUCUUAGCUGUUCUUGAGCCUUAGCCAAUUAAAAAAAAUGGAAUGUAGUAUCCAUUUACGAUAGAGAAUCAGCACCUGCACCUGGAGAUUCUCUUAAUUCUUAGGAUUAUGGCAUUUGGCUUCCUGACCACUGGAAGGUAGCUAUAAUCCUGAAGGAUUUAUAGAUCUUUUUAAAUUAUUGUCUGUCUAAAGCCAGGGAGCAGGGCCAAAGUUGAGUAAUUCACUCCACGGUCGGUGUGGUAGGCUCUUAGCUGGUCCUUUAAGCCCUGAAGCAGUGCCACACAGAAAAAGGACUUGACUGGCUUUACAACUUCUUGCAGGUGUGCAAAGUGACAUUUAGUUUUGUUAAUUCUAGGCUGGCAAUGCAUUGGCUCUGCUAUUGGAGCAUCAGAAACCUAGCAACACCUCAGCAGAGAUCUCACACUAGUAAGAGGGUGUUUGGCACGUUUCUGAGCCUGAAACAAACAGAAAAACCCCAGAGACCAUCGUUCUAGCUGGAUAUAAUCCGCACAGAGUACACUAGAGUAGCCUAGCUUCAAUGCUUCUGCUUUACCUCCGUAUCCCUGCCAGAUAAAACAAGCCGUCUUUGAAUUAUUAAACUGCUGUUCUGCUCAGAAAAUACAAAAGUAAAAAACCUGUUGUACUAGCUAUUGUAUUUUCCUAUACUCUCAGUUGACUGUUGGGCACCUUUACUUUGCAAUGGUAAAAUCCAGCCAAAUUGUGCUGUAGUCACUCCUGCUUGAGUCAUGUUAUAGAUUAUGACUCUUCUGUUGUGUUACUUAUGUGCUUCAGUGCAGAUCUCUCACAGUUGCUUCAGGCUCAAUACGACAGUGGAAUCUUUUUUUCCCAUUCCACAAUAAUCUGAGAAUUUCAGUUCGGAAUCACAAUAGAAAAAUAAGUCAGGGAGCUAAAGAGAGAUUCACUUAGUUAAAGUGCUUUUCUGGAGCACUGGGCAAGUUCAUAUGCACUGCAGUUUAUACAGUAUGUUACUGGUUCAAGUGUGGGCUAUUCCAUCAGUCAACUGUGAUCCAGCUCAUCCAGUGACCUGACAGUACAAUAUUAGUGCAGUACAAUGAAGGCCAAAGGGUUUAAGUCAGCCAGUGUUGCCUAUGUGACAGUGACCUGCCAUGAAUUGCAGUGCUGUAUCUUCCAUCUGAUGCUGACCCUGUACAACAAAAUAUUUUUUUUUACCCACUCAAUUUAUAAUCACCUUUACCUGUCACAUCAUAUUAAGGCAACCAACUGCUUCUUAUAGUCUCAACAGAGAGCAACAACUCCUGCACAGCAAGAAGUGAAGGAGAAAGGGCAGCCAUGCUCCCCCAGUCCAGCACUUAAACCAUUUGUCUUUUGACCCACUGUGAACUCCAUGGCAGCUGACAGGAGAAACACCACUGAGUGGUGGCGCAGUAGGUCUCUCACAGACAUCCAGGAAGUUGCAGUAAUCUGGGUUUCAGCAUGGGAACUCUUGACUGACCAAUCAACCUGACCCCCACUGACCUUCUGACAGAUCUGCACAGCUACUGUACCUGCAGAGCCGUGGUCACAGGCCGUGUCUGUCUCCUCAGGUUUAAGGAUGCAAACAUCACAAAGAGCCACUAAAGACAAAUGUGGGGAAUAAAAAAUGCUGAGUGAUGGGUGAGGGUUUCAUAGGAACAUCUUAAGGCUCUUACAUCAUUAAGUGCUUACUAUUGAAUCUAGAUUUCUUAGAUAAAUCAGACUGAGCUUCUAAGGUAAACAAGUAUCAAAUAUUUCAUGUGUCUGUUUAGGGAUCUUUUAUGAAUGAACUAAACUAAAUCUUAGCAUUUAAAAAAUGCUCCAACUAUAUACUAACUUAACCAAGCUUAGGAAUCUUUAGAUGCUGAUGUAUUGCUAAUCAUUUGUGAUGUUCAUUAUAAUGCCUUACUCAUUGUUUUUUUACUGAAUGGUGUAAUCUUUAAAAUGCACUUCAAAUUCCUAGAAUGAUUAGUGCAGCCACAUCUUUAUCACUCUAAACAGGAAUGCAGCUGCACUGUAUUUACUUUGUACUGUACCUUUUUUUUCCUUUCUUCACUAUGUAAAAAACACUUUCCCAAAGAAAUGUGGGCCCACAAGCAGUACGAAUGUACAUUUAAGUUUUUGUUGACCAUGCACAAACUUCAGACUUUUUUUAAGGGACACAGAAAGGCACAGCUGUUAAUUACUUUUAAUAAACGACAGGAAUGUUUUUGAGUGAAGUGUCAUGAGUCCCCAACCACUCGUAACUCCCUACCACCACAUGACUGUGUUGUUUGCCGAAAAAAAGAUGUGAGGCAUGUAAACUUAAACCAUUUAACAAGAGAAUACUGUAGCACCGCAAGCAGUUUGCCUAUUAGAUUGACUACAUUUCUCACAGAACUAUAUGGCAACAAGUGGAAAUAUACAUUGAACACCCUGCCUUCAAUAAUACAGCUACUGGACACCAGGAAGACCAAGAACAUAACAGCUUGUCUCUGCAAAACAGCUACUGCCACCUCAGCUGUCCCUGGAAAGGAUUUAGCAUUAGAUUUGUUGUAAAGCCUUCCAGACAUCAGUCUCCACAGAGGAAACACCAUCAACUAACUCCCGCUAACUAGAAAGGAUCAAGAACAUCAACAUGGAGUCAUGCUUUGGAGAGAGAUGGCUCAAACUGUUGAACAAAUGUCUCAAAUGAACAAAUGUUUGUGGGACGGUGUAUAUGCAUUUCGAUUUGUGGUUGUACCCAAUGUGGAUUAAUGUCAAUCUCAACCUGUGGCCGCACAAAGAUGAAUGUACACUGAGCAGAAUGUCUGUAUGAGGUUUUAAUUGUGAAAUAAAAGUUAUCUGAGAAGAGCA